AUGAUUUCAAUUUUAAAAAGAACUAAAAAUGAUUGAGAAAGAUUUAAAAAUAUGUAAAAGUUGAGGAAGAGGCGCCCUUUACUUUUUGGGUAAAAAUGGAAAUGGAAAUGCGAAUAUUGAUUGUAUAAGAAAUGCGAAAAAGAGAGAAUGAGAGAAUGAGAGAGAGUGAGAGGAGGAUGAAGAUGGAAUGGGAAAUGAGUGCGUCGUUGUUGGAGAAUUUGAAGGUAGAUCAUCAUCCAUGGCUUCCCCCAAACACUUGGGAAUCCAUACCCUCUGAGAGCGGUGUUCCAAUUGGAAUUGGAGUUCCACCACACUCCUCUUCAAAUCAAACCCUCUCCACUCUCUCCGAAGCAAGUUUGGUGAGGUUGGCGAUGAAUGGUAUGCAAGGUGUGAAAACAUCUCUUAUAACUAUCCAAAACCUAUCUCCUAUCUUUUCUUCUCAUCCCCUUCACACUCACACUCACUCUCACUCUACCUCCCUCCAUCUCUGGAAUCGAGCUUCCACCACUCAUUCUUUGGCAAAUAUACUCAAAACCAUUGCUUCCACAGGCUCUCUCGUUUUUCUUCUCCGUCAUUUUGUUGAUUAUUUUACUAAUAUGAAUGUACACCAAAAUACUCUUGUUAAUCAAGCCUUUGCUGUCGCUGUCGGAAAGGUCUUGGAAGGAUUCAUUUCUGGACUCGACACAAUUCAUGCAUCUCUAAUUUUUAGGCGUUCCUCAAAACAUCUUGAUUUCUCUCUCUCUGGUUGUUUGAAGAGUGUAGUGCAUUCUGAAAUUACAUUGCUUGAGUUAUACCUACAUACUAAACAACUCAGAAUUCAGAUUGAAGCCCUUGCAAGCAUAUGUAACCUACAAAACUGCCCUCCUUGUGUUUCGGAUACUGAUUUUGAGGAUCUGAUUACUAAAUCUACUUCUCAAUUUUCUAACUUCUGCAGAGGGGGGAACUUAUUAACAUUUUUGUAUGCACAAUUACAGGUUGCUGAUCCUGCUCACUGCACUCUGCUCAAGUUUCUUUUUCUUCAAUCAUGUGAACCAUAUUGUGGGUUCAUUAGAUCAUGGAUUUUCAAAGCAGAAAUCCAUGACCCCUAUAAGGAGUUUAUUGUUGAAAAUAUGGAGUGUUUAUCUCCUAAGUUGCAUGUUCAAGCUGGUAAUUCUGCUGACUUCCCAUUGCCAAGUAUCACGUUGCGAGAUGGAGUUCCAGUUCCUGGAUUUCUCAAAGACUUCUUGAUUCCGCUUGUUAGAGCUGGUCAGCAGCUUCAAGUACUAUUGAAAUUACUUGAGCUGUGCAUUGAUGUUGCUGCUGGAGAACAUGAUUCUGAUGACUUUCUGCCCUGCUGGAGUGGCUUUUCAAGCAAUAGUUUGUCUAAUUUUUCUCCACUGACUUUCAGCAAAGAUAUUAUAGAAAAUAUGGUGCUUGCAAGAGAAAGCUAUUAUAAAAGAAUGAAUGAAAAAAUUGAAAGUCUUUUGAGCAGCUUAGAAGUUAGAUAUCAGCAGGUACCUGUGCAUGCUUCAGUUCCUUCUUUUGAUAACUGUGGGGGGACAUUAGACAAAAUAAACCAGCUCAUGUUAGAAGACGAACCUGUUGUCUGCCCAACAACAGAUAAAGGUUCUUCAAAUAUGGGUUAUGAUAAUUUGGACUCAGACGUGUCAAGUACAGAAGACGAGUUCUCUUUGCUGGAAGAUAUGUAUGGUUCAUCUGAAAGUUCAUCCUUAAACAGCUCUGAGGAGCAAUUGGAGUCUGAUCAGCUUAGUGCCUGGCCUUGCCCAAUAGCAGGGCAACAAAAUCCUCUAUCUGCUUUAAGCUUCUUGAAGAGUACCACCGAUAAUAGUUCAAUAAAAAAUUCCUGUCAUCACGAAAAGUCAGACAGUGAUUCACAUGGAAUAUGUGAUAAAAUGGAUGCCAUUGAUCAUUUAAAGAAGUCCUCCAAUGAGGGAAUGGUAUCAAGUCACAUGUUUGAUCCUCUAAAUCCCGAUAAUUCAAGGUGCUCGAGUAAAUUCAGUAUUCAACAGAGAGGUAGUUGGAUUGACAGUUACUCAGCAACGAGCCACUUACUGAAAAAAUCAUUUGAUGUUGAUGGAACUGUUGAGAAAAAUAUGACAGAAAAGCACCUGCAAUCCCUGAAAUAUUCCAAGUUAUGCAACAUUGCCAUUAGGGAUACUCUGAGUGGGGAAAACUUGAGUGAGGAUCAAUCUGAUAAUGAUACACUGGCUUCAUGUUUGUGUGCUUUACAACCACUAAAAGUUGACCAUCAGUGUAAUCUUCCUAGCAUUAAUCCCUUCAGUAUGAACCCAAUGUUGACUAGAAAUGUUUUGCUUCAACAGCCAGGUAUGAAUGGGGGAAAAUGCAAAGCCGAUCUUGCACCAACUUUCCCUUACUUCAACUUUUCUACUGUAGAGGAUCCUUGUAAGGUUUAUAUGGACAAGUUAGCCACCAAUUCUUUCUGUAUAGGCUCAUCUUCAUUUCCAAUGGAUAGUUGUGCAUCUACUUAUGGUAAUCAGAAUAAUGAAUAUGGAGAAAUUGGCCACAGUAAUGAGGAUGGGUUAGUGGAUGUUCCCAAAUAUUGUGUUGAUGCUUCACUGGAUGUGGUGGACCAUAAGCAAUAUGUUUUAACAGAUACAUCUGGUGGGAGCAGCUGGGAAAGACUGCUGGGCAGAUUUAGGAAUACUGUCGAUUGUGAUGCUACUCAAAAGCAAAAAUUAUUGUCAACAUUUGAGAUGCCACUUGAUAUUAUAAUUGACAAAUGCUUAAUACAGGAAAUCAUGCUUCAAUAUAAUUAUGUCAGCAGACUAAUCAUCAAUGUGCUUGAGGAGGCCUUUAAGUUGCAAGAGCAUCUUUUAGCACUGCGGCGGUAUCAUUUUAUGGAGUUAGCAGAUUGGGCAGAUUUGUUUAUCUUGUCUCUUUGGCGACAUAAGUGGUCUGUUACAGAAGCUAAUGAGAGACUUUCAGAAAUUCAAGGCCUUCUUGAAUUGUCAAUUCAGAAGUCUUCUUGUGAGCAAGACACUAAUAAGGGUAGGCUGUUUGUGUACAUGAAAGGACAUGGGAAAUUGCCUCUUUCAGCAUCUGCUGUCGGGGUCCGUUCUUUCGAUUUCUUAGGACUGGGUUACCAUGUGGAUUGGCCACUAUGUAUUAUUUUGACACCUGCUGCCUUAAAAAUAUAUGCCGAUAUAUUCAGCUUUUUGAUACAAGUGAAGCUUGCCAUAUUUUCAUUGACUGAUGUGUGGUGCUCAUUAAAGGAUAUGGUACAUAUAACUAUUAAGGAUCCAAAUGCUGAACAACAUCAGCUUGGGGCAGGGCAUCUUAAUAUAUUAAUGAAGAUAAGGCACCAGAUCAGCCAUUUUGUAUCUUCAUUGCAGCAGUAUGUGGAGUCACAAUUAUCACAUGUGUCAUGGUGCAGGUUUCUUCAUUCCCUUCAGCAUAAGGUGAAAGAUAUGAUGGACCUUGAGUCAGUGCACAUGGAAUAUCUUGCUGAUUCGUUAAACAUAUGUUUCCUGUCUGAUGAAACAAAGGCAGUUGGCAGCAUUAUCGAGAGCAUUUUGCAAUGUGCACUCGAUUUCCGGUCUUGUCUUACAAUAGGUGCUUGGGGUAUUGGAAGUGACCGGGGAAACUUGUUAGGCAAACUUUCUACAAUCAAUAUAUCCCAGGUGCUUUCCAUAAAGCAGAAGUUUGAUAGAAGUCUAAAUGAAUUACACAUUUGCUAUGUCAAGGAACCUAAGCAUGUGAAUUUUGGGUUUUCUCGUUUCUGGGAAUAUCUCAACUAUAAUGAAUAUUAUUCACAUGUCAACAAUGGAAUGGGGUACUGUGCUGUAUGAAUUUUUCCAGCUGCAAUGAAGAAUGAUGGCAUAUUGCAUCAUCUGUGGGAUAAGAAGUCUGCUUUGACCGGUCAACAUCUGUACGUGGCUGGAUAUUCUUCACGAUUACAUCCUCUCGGGUUUUAAAAGUACAAUUGAAUGUGUUGGAGUAUGUACCUGGGCUGGUUUGCCAAGUCAUAGAUGUUACUGUUAGGAAUAACUUGAUAAAAGGAAUUGUAUCUUUGAUGAAUGAAGAAAAAAGAAAAAUGCAAAAACAUAAUUAGACAUUGCAUCUGUGACAUGUCAGUGACAUUAUGUCCCAUGGAUUUGCCAACGCUAGUUGAGAUUAUGUACAUGAUAGGUGAAGGUUUCUCAAUGUCAACAUUACAAUUUACUUUGUAAAAAAAAAUGGAACGGAAAAAUGUUGGUAUCAAAUA